CGCUGCCGGUCGGCGGGAGGCGAGAACCCGGCGCGGCCGCUCGGAGCGGGCCCGACUCGGGGCAGCACCGGAGCGGGCCGGGCAGCAGUGGGCGCUCGCGAUCCUCCUCUGCCCAACGCGCUCUCCCUCAGGGCCCGGCCUCCUCCGUCCCCUCCUCCUGCUCCUGCUCCUCCUCCCGCUCCUCCCCUCCGCGGGACUGAUCGCCGAGCCUCCCGCCUGCAAAGUCCCCGGCGCGCCGGCAGCUACCAGCCGCCGUGUCUGCUGGAUCUCCGUGGGUGCCUGCGCCCCAGCCUCGUCCGCCUGCCCCGAGGCGCCCCCCUCCCUCCCGGCUCGCUCCGCCGGCCGCCGGUGCUCCGCGGCGCUGCCCAUGGCCCAGCCCGAGAGCCGACUUCGGGCGCCGGACCGGCUGGACCGCGGCGCAGCUCAGUAACUGGCGGCCCGCGACACCCAUGUGUCACUGAUCGGGAGGCUCUCCCCGCGGCAGCGCUUCAUGACCCAGCGGCGCCCGGCCCAGUGAAGCCACCAUGGUGUCCAGCACAGCGGCGCUGCUCCUGGGCGCCGUGCUCCUGGUGGCCCAGCUGCAGCCCGUGCCUUCCCGCCCCGCCGCCGCCGCGCCUGGGGCCGAGCCGGGCCAGCCGGAGCUGUCGCGCAGAGCGGCCACCGUCCAGGGCGACGGCCGGGACGGCGCGCCCCCCAACGGCUCGGCGCAGCAGCUGCCGCAGACCAUCAUCAUCGGCGUGCGCAAGGGCGGCACGCGCGCGCUGCUGGAGAUGCUCAGCCUGCACCCCGACGUGGCGGCCGCCGAGAACGAGGUCCACUUCUUCGACUGGGAGGAGCACUACAGCCAAGGCCUGGGCUGGUACCGGGGCCAGAUGCCCUUCUCAUCCCCGCAGCAGCUCACGGUGGAGAAGACCCCCGCGUACUUCACAUCGCCCAAAGUGCCUGAGCGCGUCCACAGCAUGAACCCGGGCAUCCGGCUGCUGCUCAUCCUGCGCGACCCGUCCGAGCGCGUGCUGUCCGACUACACCCAAGUGUUCUACAACCACGUGCAGAAGCGCAAGCCCUACCCGUCCAUCGAGGAGUUCCUGGUGCGCGACGGCCGGCUCAACGUGGGCUACAAGGCGCUCAACCGCAGCCUCUACCACGUGCACCUGCACAACUGGCUGCGCUUCUUCCCGCUGCGCCGCAUCCACAUCGUCGACGGCGACCGCCUCAUCAGGGACCCCUUCCCUGAGAUCCAGAAGGUCGAGCGGUUCCUGAAGCUGUCGCCGCAGAUCAACGCCUCGAACUUCUACUUUAACAAAACCAAGGGCUUUUACUGCCUGCGGGACAGCGGCCGGGACCGCUGCUUGCACGAGUCCAAAGGCCGGGCGCACCCCCGAGUGGACCCCAGACUCCUCAGUAAACUGCACGAAUACUUUCACGAGCCAAAUAAGAAAUUCUUUGAGCUUGUCGGCCGGACAUUUGACUGGCACUGAUUAGCAAUAAAGUGAGGCUCGGAACCUUUCCCGUUGUAAGUUCUGGUGUACGUCUGGGGGAGAGAGAGAAAAAGAAGAAUUUUAAAAGGGCAUUUAAGCUAUAAUUUAUUUGUAAAGUCCAUAAAUUACUUCUGUACAGUAUUAGAUUCACAAUUGCCAUAUAUACUAGUUAUAUUUUUCUACUUGGUAAAUUGAGGGCAUUUUGUAUUGUUUUUCAUGGUUGUUAACAUUGUGUAAUAUGUCUCUAUAUGAAGGAACUAAACUAUUUCACUGCAAAAAAAAAAAAAAGCAACAAAAAAAACCACACAGAAAUCUGGAGACCCUGUCUUUUUUGAAUAUGAUUAACUUGCCCCGACUCAAAAUAGCUGUCUGUGUUAUAUUCGUUGCAAGAUCUAUAUAUUCCUUUGUUACUUUAAAAAGAAAUGUUUUUCAUGGCAAUUAUGCUUCUCUCUUGCCCUCUCUUUUCUUCAUUGUUCUUUUUAAUUUUUAAUGUCUCGCUGUGGCCAUCAGAUUUAUUUUUUACUUGCAUUGUGAGAUCUGUCUUCACUGAGAUAGCCCCUGUUAUUUUCUGGAGGUUUCGGGUUUGCCCAUUCUUGACAGCAGGUUCUGGAGUGUGGAUUUUUUUUUUUUUUAACCCCCGUAGACUCCGCGUGGACAAAGCAAUAUUAAGACUGGAAAAGUCGUUAAUACCCGCAAGAGGCUCCCCGUUACGCAUCUCUGCCUCAAAGAGUGCUUGCAUCCGUUUCUGAGCUCAGCAAUGGGCAAAACGACACAAUAAAGGGGAUUAAACCGUUGGCCUUCAGCAUGGUCUUGGGGCUGUGUGCUUGGCCCCAUGUGCCAAGGGGUCUCCGGAAACUCAGAAAAGAGAAGUUGCAAAGUGUGCGUGUUCCCAUCUUGUAGGUGCUGUGAAAAAGCCGCCUAAUGGUGUAGACGUUUGCUUAGGUUGAAAGCUUCGUCUAUUUCCUGAAUGAUCAAUAUCCAUUUAUAGAUGCCUAUUCCGUACGCACAGAGACAGAAAUACGUGUGUGUUUUAAAACUCAACUCAGAGUGUGUAAUCCUUAAAUGGAAGGGAGAUUUAAACCCCGAGGGUCACGACUGCAAAAAGAAACGCCCAAUGCGGGUGGCGAUGUGUAAGGAAGAAGUCCUUGUACCUGUCCCUACAGGAGAGAGGCCUGAUUUCACUUUCACUUCUGCUUCUGAACAGCUGGCCUGUUGGAUGUGAUCACACAAGCUCCCCCCACCCCCCAGUCCCGGUUUUCUCAUGCGCUCUUUAUUCGGUCAGCCUUUUACAGGAUUAAAUACGUGGGUUGUUUUUUCUUACUAGGAAAAGAAAACAUAAUCAUUAUGUAAAACAAAAACUACAAAGAAGCAAAAUACACCCAUUUCCUGACAAAGUUUAUAUUUAAGGCAGUAGAGUGAAAUGGACGUUCUAUAUCAGCGCUCCUUGAAAGUUCUCCCCCAAACAGCCCCAGGAAGUAGGAAUUAUUAUGGCGAGGAGUUCAAGGGGGAAGAAAUAGGCCCAGGGAAGACAAGGAACUUGCCAAGGUCACGUUGACUCCAAGCCAAGGCUUGGAGUCCACUGAGAGCCAAAGCACAGAUUUCGGGCGUUUUGGUUUUUUCCUACUCUAGGCUUUCUGAACUGCAAGGGAAAGGCCCAGGCUCAGAGACAGCUCUUCCUGACUUGACCUGACACAUUCCUUCCCUGGUGCCAAACGUCUUCCGCCUCAAGAGGUGUGCCUGAGCCAAAGGAAAGGGACAAGAGAUAGCCUGCACUUUUCUCAGCCGCGUUAUCAGGGAAGUGAGUCACCUUAUUAGCUGUGGCAGCUGCAGCCUGGCCCGACCUUAGCAUGGCCCUUGCCCCACCCCUGGCCCUGCAGGGACAGUGGAGAGACUGCCUUCCUCUUCAGAACCCAUUAAGAUUGCCAUUAAACAACCAACUCCCAGAGGGGGUGGCCAAAAUAUUCAUAGCCGACUUCACUUUGACAGGGUACUUUGCAAGGAGAGAGGGCUUCCUUCUGUAACACAUUGCUGGAUCUUGCUGUUUUCACACCUAUUAAAAACUGAAGAGUACAGAGGCUGAGCAUCCGACUUCAGCUUAGGUCAUGAUCUUGUGGUUCGUGAGUUAGAGCCCCACAUCAGGCUCUGUGUGGGUGGCCUGGAGUCGGCUUCAGAUUCUGUGUCUCCCUCUCUGCCCCUCCCCGGCUUAUUCUCUCUCUCUCUCUCUCUCUCUCUCAGACAUAAAGACUUUUUUUUUUAUUUUAUUUUAAAUAAAGAACUAAAGAGUAGAGACAUCCAGAGAGGUUGUGAGUUUUCAAGAUUGCCCAGGAAUUCGAUGUGGAGACUCCAGUGUGAGUUUUGUUUUGUUUUUUUCUUGCAAAAUAGCUAUGGAAGCCUGUACCCUAAUGGGGAUGGUAUGCUUGAAGCCAUGCAGUGUUGGGGCCAGAGGUGACGGGUAGAAGGGAGGGACUGAGUGUUGGUGACAUGAUCUAGGGGCUCAGGCCAGCACAGUUCCUGGUAGGGGGUGGAUAUGUGGGUACAAAUUCAGUAAUUGUUGAUUUGGGUGCGGGGUCUUGACUGAGCAUGGAGGUCUACCAUGGGCAAGGGGCCAGGUGUCCUGGUUGUUUGGAAAGUACAAGGAGGAAGGAACCAUCACUCCAGUAGCCUGGGCCCUUCCAUCUCACCUGAGCCUUCCCAGAGUCAGAGGAGGCCCCACCCUGGACCUGGGCCCGCCUUCCUAGGGGCACAAAUGCAAUGCUCCAGGAGCCAGAUGAGCCCCUGAUCCCGGGAAGCCUCUACGUGGGGCCGUCCAGAGGCAGUUGGGAACAGCUGAGCAGGGCCCCAGCCAUUGUAUUUGGAAAAUUCGCGGCACUUGAGUCAGGACAGCCCCUGCCCCCUCCCUUCCUCCAGGAAUCAGCACCAGAAUCCCGUGGACAGUAUUUAGCUACCAGCUCACAGCCUAAAAAUGUGCUAAACUAGCAAAAAUGAUGAUGUGCCUCUGAAUACAGGGUGGCUUGCCCUUUGAAUCCUGGGAAACUAGUACUCACCUAAAGGGAGAUGUCGCAGAGUCCAUAGCCCCGGGUGACUGCCGUAUAGAGGCGUGGGAUCCAACAUCACCACCAAGAAUUCAGGUGUUCGCUAAAAUUCGAUUUUUCUUUUGAGACCUACUGUGUGCUUCGCAUGGGAUUAAGCCUCAGGAGCGUAACAGACAGUGCAACAGGAACUAAUUGUCAUUAACUGUUGUGGGUUUAAAUAAAAAGCAUGGAGGGCCUAGGAAGGAAGAAGGACACCUAGCUGUGUGGGGACUGGCCAAUGCAGUAUGUUCCGCCUUUUUUCCUAACAUUCGGGAACAUCCCUGGGAGGAGUCAGCAGGCCCCGUUAUGGAGAGAAAGAAACAGGUGUAAGAAACGGACCUGCCCUCGUUCGCUCUCUCUGGGGGUAUCGUGGUCCCGGAGAUGGGAAGCGUGGUGUUGACGGUCCUCAACAGAAGGCGAGAGACAGAUGGCAGAGGCGUGUCUCCAAAUGCCACUACUCGGGAGGAGGAAGAGAAAAAGGAGCAUCCCCAAAGGGCAUAAUCACUUAACUCCUGGGCCACAGGACCCUGGUCUUUGCGAGGAAAAGCUUUUGUGAAGGAUUGUUAUGGAGCCGGAGCAUGGAAGGCAAUGGACGUAACCAAAGCAAGGCAUUUUGGACAAGGGCAGCUUGAGGAAUCCAGGCAGCGGUGAUGGGGAAGGGAAAAGAGGAAGGGGAGGUGAGCAACAGACUUUAAACACAUUGACAGCUCACUAUGCAUCACGCACUUACGGCCUCGACAUCUGCUUUCCGAGCGGCAGAAGCUUUCUCUGCAGCCACCCGUGUAGCUCAGUCUCCUGCACGGGUGUAUCUGUCCCAGAAAAAUAACUCUCAUUUAUUGCACACCCACUCUGUGCUUGGUAUUUUCUUUAUUUUUAAAAUUUUUUAAAGAUGUUUCUUUUUGAGACAAUGCAAGAGACAGAGUGCAAGCAGCGGAGGGGCAGAGAGAGAGGGAGACACA